AUGGAAGCGGUGAACCGUCAAGCCCUCAAAGGAGCAGCUGGCAACCAGAGUGACACGCUCUUACAACUACUCAAGGCGUAUACCGUCAUACAGAAAUACGCUAUGUCGACUAUGGACCCCCAGUCAGCGGUUCCUGUACUUAUCCGAGAAGGCUGCAUGGUCGAGAUUCAGGCUCGGGGACUCCGCGUAUGUGUUACGGAAGGGAAUAGGACGGGCCUAACGUACUAUAUGUGCAUGACUUUCCUUCGAACUUUCAAACCAUGCGCUCUCGCAACGGACAGACUGAGCACAAAGAACCCCAUUCGGAAAGCUUUGCGUCAAGGCUUCCGCGAGCACUGGUAUUCAACACUUCUGUUCUUGCGCAGAACCCGCGCCCGUGCGACGUCGAUCCGAGAACACGACAAGGUGCUUGACUUCUGGAGGAAACUAGGAGAAGACCUCGGGUUCGAUGAGGCCAAACAAAGGGAGGAGUACGAGCGCGAGCUGCGCAGAGCCCUACGACGUUGUUCUCGAAAGGAAUGUCCUUAUCACGCGAAAGAACCUCCUGUUUCCUUGCGCGUUUGCAAAGGUUGUACUGAUGCGAGAUACUGCAGUCGGGCCUGUCAACGUCAGGAUUGGAAGGAAGGUCAUAAGAAUCAAUACAGAAGUAUUAUGUUGCUUUGCUGGAUGUUGAUGCCAAGCUACAGUCCAGUAGCACACCGCUCUCGGUCGACACCCAGGCCGUACUCGGAGGACAUCAUCUAUGAGCGCCCAGGGCGUGGCCUAAUAACGUUCCUAUACCUUGUCACGGAGGCCAACCUAUGCGCAUUCAUUCGCGAAGUCGUUAGUCAAGAUGAUUUCUUUGACGAGUACCCAGACUUCGUCAUGAGUGUCCUUGACAUCGUUAUGUCAAUCGUUGACGUCUCACGCAAGGCCCCCAGCUUGCUUGACCCACUCAAAGACAUCGUGCCGGCUCUGUGCACUACUGCGUGGGAAAACCGGGACCUGUUGGCCGAUGACAACGGGGUGGAUCAGUACUAUUCCCGGUGUAGACACGGAGUACGCGACUCGCUGUACUAUGUCGUUAUGGCGCUCGUUCAGUCAUCUCCUGAACAGUACAACUGCGACGUCGCCAUACGCCGGGCCGCCCUACUAUGUUGGUUUUACGGCCUGGAAUUCGAAACAAGCACGGACCUUGUAAUCUCUGCCAGGGUACUGAGCUAUGCAACAAGAGAUUUUCCUGCAGAUUUCUACCCCGGCGAACCUCCCGAUCCCAACACACCCCGCACAGCAUUGACUGACUUCCUGCGAAUAGACGUGGUGCCGGCUCUGGGAGUAAAGCCAUACCUCGAGCGUCUCUUGAAGACACUUCAGAACCCUGCUCUCCUUAAUAACAGCCUCAUAUGGACCGUCUCGAGCGUGUGCAGAACCAUCGCCAACCACCCGACCCUUCUUGCCAAUAUAGUCUCAUCCGGUGUACUCUCCGCUCUCGUCGAAGCCGUUAAUAAGCAGACUCUGACAGGGGACCCGGGAACAUUAAGUCAAGUCCUCAACGAGCUUGUGGGGUUGUAUAGCUUGACGAUUCGCAUCAGUAGUGUUGUCCCAGACGUGCAUUCUGUCAUCCCUGCUUUCGUACGCGAAGGUCGUAUGGUGAUGGAGGCUCGUGCGCUUCGCGUGUGCGUCUCCGAAGGGCAGGAUGAAGGCUUGGACUACAAUCAUUGCCUUUACUCUCUCAAGGGCUUCAGAACGUGUGCGCUCACGAUGAACAAGCUCAGUCCGAAGAAUACCCUCCGAAAGUCGAUCCGUCAAGGCUUCCGCGAGCACUGGUACCCGACGCUCGACUUCUUACGCCAAUCACGUUCUGCUUCGCCGUCCAUCAACGAACAUGAUGAGAUCACCACAGCCUGGCAGAGCCUAGGCGAAGCAAUGGGCUUUGCUGAGACCACGCAGAAAGCGGAAUACGAGCGUGAAGUGCGCAAAGCGCUUCGACGCUGUACAUGGAAGGAAUGCCGAUACCACACGGAAGAGUCUCCGGUAUCACUGCGUUCUUGCAAGGGAUGCGCCGAAGCGAAAUACUGUAGCCAAUCCUGUCAGCGCAAAGACUGGAAGGACGGCCAUAAAUCUCGGUGCAAGCGAAUUCACGACACGGAGUGA